GCUCCUCCCCUUCACGUCACGUGAGUGCAUGGAACCUGCGCUUAUCUGAGCAACAGGUAAAGGUGUCAAGUCACCGGAGCUGCGUGGACAAGCAGGUGCAACCGUUGGAGGGAAAAACGAAGCCAGUGUUAUGGCUGAAUCACAGCUCAUGUGUAUGGACGAUGAUCAUGUCAACGAAAAAAUACCAGAAUCUAAACCGGAAUUUUACUACAGCGAGGAGCAGCGCGCGGCGCUCGAGCAGCUUUUAAAAAACGGCGACGGCGCUUUCAAGAUGCGGUUGAAAGAAGACAACAUCAAGGACUUUCUCUCUGCGCAAGAAGUGAAAUGGAUUCGAAACAAAUUCAAAGAAUAUGGGACAGACAGUGACUCUGACAGUGAGGAAUACAAAACCGCCGAGUCUAACGCGGACUCGGGGGUCCAGUCCACGUACUGGCCCCAGAUGUCGGACACGGAGGUUCCCCCGCUUGACAUCGGCUGGCCGGGGAACGGCGGGUGCUACAAAGGGGUCACCCGGGUAUCCGUAUACAGUCACCCACCCAAAGAGAAUGGCCCGUACAUAAAAGAGGUGGUUAGAAGGCUCAUUCAAGACGCUAAUAAGGUGGUUGCCGUGGUGAUGGACCUCCUGACAGACCUGCAGAUCCUGCAGGACCUCCUGGAUGCAGCCUGCAGGAGGGGCGUGGCUGUCUACCUGGUGCUGGAGGACGAGGGAUUACCUCACUUCCUGGACAUGUGCAGUAGGCUGCAGAUCAGCGCCCUUCAUCUGAGGAACAUGCGUGUGCGGACGGUGGAGGGUACAGGUCUGGCUCUGUCCUUCGGCAAGCUGCGCGGCUCGCUGUGCUCCAAAUACAUGCUGCUGGACGGGGAGAAGGUUCUGUUUGGCUCGUACAGCUUUACCUGGAGCUCCUCUCGGACGGACCGUAGCACGGUCACCGUCAUGACGGGCCAGGUGGUGGACACCUUCGACACCGACUUCCGGGAGCUGUACGCCGUGUCAGCGCACGUGGACCUCUACAGAGAGUUCAACAUCAGCCGUCCGACGCUGCCUGCCCCGGUCAGGAAGCCCCCCCAGCAGGUCACGCACCUGCCCGUGUCCACCUCACGCUUCCAGGUGGCCCUGGGCGACUCCCGCCAGGCCGACCUCAAGGUCCCCGCUCACAAAUACCACAACCCCAAGUACUCCCUGGUGGUGGGGAACAGGGGGGGGUACACGGGCUCCCUGCAGGACCUGUCCUCCGUGGGGACGUCUGUGAGCGGCCAGGCCCCCGCUAACGGCCUGCUAAAGAAGCAUGGCCUCGCUAACGGCGGCGCUGGGGAGAAGCAGGCCCAGGUGUCUCCUCUGCCCCCCGGCCCAGCGGCCCCAGCAGGGCCGGGGGGGGGGGGGGGGGGGGGAGCGGAGGGGGGAGCAAGGCUCUUCCUGAACGGCCGAGCGACCAAUCAGGGCCCGGACACCAUAGUGGAGGGAGUGGCCUCCCGUCCGAACCCCUCCCCCACCAGGAAGAGGGCGGAGACCAACAGCGCCGCUUCAGACGAGCUGGACGACUCGUUCGAGAUCAUCGAGAAGCCGUCGCUACUGAAGCCCAAGACCAAAAAGCUGUCGAAGCUGACCCAGAGGAGCAUGUCUCUGCAGACCAUCAACGCCGGGGAGGAGGAGGGGAAGAAGAAGAAGAAGAACUGCAUCCAGUCCUGAGAGGCAGAC